UUCUCAUUAAUUACUUAUUCUUUAUUCUGUCAUUUAGGAUUUGGUCGAUGACCUUAAAUCGGAACUUACAGGCAAACUGGAAACGCUCAUAGUUUCCCUGAUGAGACCUGAACAGAUUUAUGAUGCACAUGCACUAAAACAUGCCAUUAAGGGGGCAGGAACUGAUGAACAAGUCUUGACUGAAAUUCUUGCAUCUCGGACACCUGCUGAAAUCCGAAAUAUAAAACAAGUUUAUCAGGAAGAAUAUGGAGCCGAUUUGCCAACAGAGACCCUGAUGGCCAGAUUAAAGAAAGCCUAAUUGAGCAAGAUGCUCAGGAGCUGUUUAGAGCUGGGGAACUGAAAUGGGGAACAGAUGAAGAAAAAUUUAUCACCAUUCUGGGAACUCGAAGUAUAUCUCACUUAAGGAAGGUUUUUGACAAAUACAUGACAAUUUCCGGUUUUCAAAUUGAAGAAACAAUUGAUCGUGAAACAUCUGGUGCACUUGAAAAGCUGCUUCUGGCAAUUGUGAAGUGUGUCCGAAGUGUUCCUGCCUAUUUUGCUGAAUGUCUCUUUUAUGCAAUGAAAGGAGCAGGCACCGAUGAUGAUACAUUGAUCAGAAUUAUGGUUUCAAGGAGUGAAAAAGAUCUACUUGAUAUCAGACAGGCAUUCAGAAGGGAUUUUGCAAAAAGUUUGCACCAUGUAAUUCAGAAAGAUACAUCUGGUGACUACCGGAAUGGGCUUCUGCUGCUGUGUGGAGGAGAAGACUAGUGAAGUCUACAAUAACACAGAGGACAGAAUCUCAAAUCAUGCCUUGUGCCUUUUCCCAGUUGUAUGGCAUUUAGAUGGCAAAAGCAAUGUACUGUUGUUAGUCACAUAUUAUGAUGCUUCUUCUUGCACUGGCUUGCUUACGUAGGAUUAUUUUCCUUACCAGGGAAGAGGUUUAGAGGUUUUAGAGGUUUAUUGGGAUUUAUAUGCCGCCCUUUUCCCUGAGGGGACUCAGGGCGGCUUA